AUGAGCAUCUUAUUUUUAGAUGGUAUGAAAAUUGUUGGUAAUAAACACAUUGACUAUCAUUCUUUUCUUAUUUUCUUCUUCACCAUCUUUCUUCUUUACUCUACUUCUGGAAUUUCCAUUCAUGUCCACUCUUCCCAUCUACCAGUGGAUGUAGAAGAACUCGUCGAAGAUUCUAAAGCAAAUACAACUCUUGUGCUUGCUCGGGAAAGAACUCGACGAAUAGAUAUUUUCAAUCAUUUUGAAUACUACAAUGGUGGCUGGAAUAUCAGCAAUCAUGGUUAUAUUAUGUCUGUUGUUUCUACUGCAAUUCCUUUCUUCGUUGUUGCUGCAAUAUGGUUUGUAGUUUUUGGGAUUUUGAACAUCCUUUGCAUGUGUUACCACUGUUGUUAUGGAGACCCUUAUGGCCAUUCUCAACUAGCUUAUUAUGUAUCACUCAUCUUCCUUAUCCUAUGUACCAUUGCAACAAUAGGUGGAUGUAUUCUUUUGUACUCUAGUGAACAAAAAGUUCAUGGAACCACAUCAAACACAAUGAAGUAUGUGGUGAGCCAAGUUGAAUUCACAAAUGAAAACCUAAAGAACGUGUCAAACUAUUUGGAUUCAGCUAAGAAGAUUUCUAUUGAACUUGGUUUACCACGAGAUAUCGACAAGGGCAUUCAUAGUGUUCAAAAGAAAAUUAUGGUUACCUCUAAUGAUCUUUCUAAAAAGACCCGUAAUACUUCAAAAAUGUUACACAAUGGCUCAGAAGGAAUGAGAUUCGCUCUAAUUACCGUUGCUAUAUCUAUGGUUAUUGUCUCAAUUCUUGGAUUUUGUACGUAUUGUAUAACUACAAUACUUGGGUUGAAGUGUAUUUUAUACUCCUUAGUAGUUGCUGGAUGGAUUCUUGUUGCAGGAACAUUUAUACUUAGUGGUGCAUUUGUUUUGCUUCAUAAUGUGAUUGGUGAUACUUGUGUUGCCAUGGAUGAAUGGGCUUUGAAUCCAACAACUCAUACAGCCAUGGAUGAAACUAUUCCUUGCAUGAAAAAUGAAAGAGUUCGUGAAACCUUGUUACAAAGCAAGUCUAUAGUAUUUCAUCUUGUUAACUCUAUUAAUGACAUAAUUUCCAAUGACUUGAAUGGAAAUACCAAAUCUCACAAUCAAUCAGCCCCCAAUGUGCCUCUUCUUUGUAAUCCAUUCAAUAGUGACUUUACAAUUCGACAUUGUGCUGCUGAGGAAGUUGCAUUUGAAAAUGCCACUGAGGUGUGGAAGAGUUAUACUCCAUCAGAAAAUGACAAUAUGAUUGGUCUCAUGACUCCAUCAUUGUACAGACAACUUACUACUAUAGUGAACGUGAGCUAUGGUUUAUAUCACUAUGGACCAUUUUUGGUUGAUUUAAUAGACUGUACUUUUGUUCGGAAAAUGUUCAUAGACAUCAACAACAACUAUUGCCCUGGUCUAAACAAAUAUACUAAACAUAUUUAUUGGGCAUUGGUUGUGGUAUCUGUAGCUGUAAUGUUGUCUUUGAUAUUUUGGAUUGUCUAUGAAAGACAUCUCCAUCAUCGUCAUUACAUCAUAUUGUCUUAA